UAUGGCUGUGGAUGUGGUCCCUAUUAUGGCUGUGGUUAUGGCCUCCAUUAUGGCUGUGGCUAUGGCUCAGGAUACGGCUGUGGAUAUGGUUCCUGCUGUGGCUCUGGCUGUGGAUAUGGCUCCAGCUGCUGUGGCUACCGGCCACUUUACUAUAGAAGAUGUUAUUCUUCUUGCUGCUAGAACAUCACUGUCUAAUCCCCACUUGCUUCGGAAAUGACACGCCUUAAGAGAAGGCUCAUUCAAGGAUCUAUACCCCAAGAUUUAUAUAUCGAGAGCAUUGCAUGUGUCAUAGAA